AUAUCCUGCCGAUUACCCAGAGGUUCAGCUGCCCCUACCGUCGGCCUUCUUCGCGGGGGGGCGGAGUCCUUUCCCCUUUCCCUGAGGCGACGCUGGUUAUCGGCGAGCGCCAUUCGCGGUGACGUCCUCUCCAUAGCAGGCUUGGGGAACAGAACGCGACCGGCUCUCACAAAGCCCGCGAAUUCGAAAUUAUCCACCCUGAUGUGGGGUGCUCCGCCGCGCAAUGUUCUCAUCGUGAAGAAGAGGCACGUACCCAUCGUUCGGGGUGCCCUGGUGUCGUUGGCAAGGUGGGUCUCCCCCUUUACUCGGAGUCGAUGAGAAUUAUCUUGACUGAUGGAAAGGCAUCUGAAAGAGAACUACCCAUCCACAAACAUCAUUCUGGAACCAUCGACAGCGCACUCUGUGCAUCAUGAAUUUCACUUCCCCGUCUACACGCUCCCGCCUUCGGAGAGUAACACACCCUUCCCUUAUACCCAGUCUACCUACCCACGCACUCCGCAACUGAGCCCACGACAAACGCAUGCCCCACCACCACCAUCCCAACCUAGCGCCUCCGAAGGUGAGAAUGGGACCGGCAGCGGGGCAGGAGAAUUGGGCCCGCGUGGGGAACGACUCUACCAUGACAAAACCGACCUCCUGAUAACCCUCGGCGGUGACGGCACAAUCCUCCAUGCGGCAUCCCUGUUCUCGGCCUGCCGCAUGGUCCCGCCGGUAUUGAGCUUCGCAAUGGGCACCCUCGGAUUCCUGGGAGAGUGGAAGUGGGAGGAGCACACUGAGGCCGUUGGGGAGGCUUUUGCCGGCGGCGCGAGGGUGCUUCGACGGGAAAGACUGAAGGUUGGCGUUUACGACUGCCACGGCAAGAGGGUUACCGGGGAGUGGGAGUUUGAGAGUAUUGGCGGUGAGCCUAACGCGCGAUCAGUGCAGCGGGGAGAGUGGCUGAUGAUGACAGACGCCCACGCGAUGAAUGAAGUCAACAUCCAUCGAGGAAAGUCUCCGCACCUGGCGGUUGUAGAGGUGUUUGUUGAUGGGCAGUUUCUUACCGAGGCUGUGGUUUGUCCUCCCCUCCCGGUCCCCAGGAGACAUGCUAAUUCCUCAGGCUGACGGCAUGAUCAUCGCCACACCAACCGGUUCAACAGCGUACUCUCUCUCCUCCGGCGGUUCCAUCAUCCACCCAGCCGUAUCCUCCUUGCUUCUAACGCCCAUCUGCCCCCGCUCUCUGUCCUUCCGCCCGCUGGUCCUACCGGCAGACUGCGUCCUCACACUCAAGCUCUCGGCUAAGAACCGCGCGGGAAAUGUAGAAGUCAGCGUUGACGGCCGCCGAUGGGGUGGGAUCGGACGUGGCGAGGAGGUUAGAGUCUGGGCUGAGAAGAUUGACGGCGAAAAGGGUGGUAUUCCGUGCUUGAAGGGGAGACUUAGGGGGAGGGAGGACGAUGGCUGGGUCGGUGGUUUGAACGGGCUGCUGAAGUUCAAUUACCCGUUCGGUGAGGAGGAGUAGUGUGGGGUCGUGUAUACUAGAGAGUCGGGGCCCUACGGAUUCGUGAUGACCCUUGCGUGGUGGGGUACCAAGGGCGGAAUUUCGGAGGCGAAUGAAAACGUCACCCGCAUGGGGGAUGAGCACACGAGUGAGAAAUCGUGAGUACUGGAAAGUGCAGUACCUUGCCGUAGGCAGCUAUAAUAUAAGGGGGCCCGGAGUGGUUGCUGUUAACCCCUCGCGUGCCUCUAGGGGUGUGUUUUUGCAGAGGUGGUGGAGUUGUGUAGAGAGAGAUCUCCCCAAGAACUGGUGCGAUCCAUGAACACAACAUGCAUCAUCCCACGAAUUCCACGAUAUCCAGCUGGAUUCUUUUUCGAUUUCUUUGGAACCACUCCAUCGUCUUAACUCGAUCUACUAUGUAUACGCAGAUCGACUUUU